AAUUUACCCAAAUUUCUUUUCUUAUUAUAUCCAAAUGAAAUUGAUCUUGGGGAGACAUCUUUGGAUCCUGCAUGAGUAUUGGGCAUCAAAUGUACAAGGUGGGUCCCACGAUCACUAGAAUAAUCUUGGAUCCCCAAACAGUCAAGCAUUGGUCAAAUAAAAGUAUGAAUGUCGGUAUUCAGUAUAGUAGCAAAAAAUUAGUAGUAGAAGCAGAAAAGGAAGCACGGAGUUUCCAACAAUGUCCGCCUCUGCCUCUACCUUCCUCAUCUUCUCCUGCUUCGCGCUGAUCUUCGCUACCGCCUCCGCCACCGACCACAUUGUUGGUGCCAACAAGGGCUGGAAUCCCGGAAUGAACUAUACCCUUUGGGCCAACAACCAGACCUUCGUCGUCGGCGACCUCAUUUCAUUUAGGUACCAAAAGACACAAUAUAAUGUGUUUGAAGUGAACCAAACUGGCUAUGACAACUGUACCACAGAAGGAGCAAUAGGGAAUUGGAGCAGUGGCAAGGAUUUUAUACCUCUGAAUAAGUCCCAGAGGUAUUACUUCAUUUGUGGUAAUGGCCAAUGCUACAAUGGCAUGAAAGUUUCUGUUCUUGUCCAGGCCCUGCCUCCAGGACCAUCUCCCUCCGCUUCUUCCAAUGGGACAUCAUCAAAUUCCCCUACUCCAAUGGUUUUGGAGAAGAGAUUUGUCGGUUUGAGGGUGUUGGUUAUCACAUUUGCUUCAAUCUGGUUAACCGAGUUAGGGCUAUUUGAGUUGUUGAUGAAGUGAUCAACAUGUAUUCUCUUCACAAACUUUCCUUUCAUUUUUUUGCUAAUUAGCUUUUUAUUUUAGCUUUGGCACUAGUCUAAAUCUUGUAUGUUUUAUGUUUGAAUCCUACUAAAGUACUAGGAAUCAUUGGUGAUUCAAGUGUCUAUCUGUAUAACAUUGUUUAGUUUCCUUUCAAGAAAUGUUGCAGCGUUCA